AUUAAUGUCUAACUUUACAAAUGCAAAACCUUAAAGGAAAUAUCGUGAAAGGGCACAACCUGUAAUUUAAAAUAUUGAUUAAAUAGACUUCUAGAUAAUUUCUUGGUAUUUUAGAAAAGCAUGGUGAUUAUAAAAAGAGAGCAAUAAAUUAUUAGAGAAAGAAAGAAUAAUUACAAAAAUUGCAAUUGAAAGCUGCUUUAAGAAAUAAGGAUGAAUUUAACUUUAAAAUGCUCAAAAGUAAAGUUAAAGAUGGUGUUGUAUAUGAAGAUUAAGAGGAAAGUAGUGGUGAUGAAUAAGAAAUCCUUAAGUAAAUAAAAACUCAAAAUUAAAAUUUACUUAAAGCAUCUAUUUAAUAAAAAACAAAGGUAAUAAUUUUAUAUUAUUAAAUCAAUAGUUAACUGAAAAACUAAAAGAAGAAUUAGCUAUGGUAUAAUUUGAAUAACCUUCUCAUAAAUUCUUUUUGAAAGAUGCAAGAAAAAAGAGCUUUGAUUAAGUUGAAGAAAAAUUAUAAAUUGAAACUUAAUAAUCUGCUCCGAGUUCUGAAUUAGCAUAAAAAAUAAACAAGCUAACAGAAACAUUAUAUGAGAAAGAAAGAAUGAAACGUUUUUAUGUUGCUAUUACAAAAUCAAAAACUAAAGUAAAUAUAUAUAUUUAAUUUUUAAUAGGAUAACAUAACUGCUAAACCUCAUUAGCGAAAAAGAAUUAAAAAAGGAAAAGGAAAAGGAUUGUUUGAGAGAAGUAAAUGA